UAGGAAGGAUGGAAUAGACCGGUCAAGGUAUAAUGUUGAAUAGGGGGAUGUGCUUGUUUUCUUUUGCCAGGGAAAAGGAAAGGCUAUCAAGAUGCCUGAGACCGGCGGCCCAUCAGUUGUUCCGAAGAAGGGUCUGACACUCGAUGACCUCAUUGCGGCCAUCGACCGACAUGAAAGGRACCCGAGCAACAUCCCAAAGGUCGAUACUUUCCAUUUCUGUGGGGAGAGAGUUUCAGAAUGGCUAGAGCGGGUGGAACAAGCUUUGGUUGGGCGGUCGGACAUUGUAAAGUUUCAAUGCAUCCUCCAGUAUGUCUUACACAACUACCAUCAGGAGGUGAAGAAAGUCAUAGAAGCAGCUCAAGGUAGCUGGGAGAGAUUCAAUGAGGGGAUGCAAAGGAAAUACCGCCUGGGAGACGGAUUGUUGACUACCGCGGACCUUGAAGCGAUGAAUAAAGAGGAUUUUACGACGAUAGGGGCCUUUGUACAAGAAUUUAAGAAGAGGGCGCGGAAGGUCCAUGGGAUUUCAGAGGAAGCACAGUGCGCCAUCUUCCUGGGGCUACACACGGCAUCGGAGGCCGUCGAGUUGACGAGACAUGGAGGAGGUAGCACUAAGCUCACCUGGGCCACCAUCGAUAGAGGGGUGAAAGUGGGAUGUUUGGACCAGGUGGAACAACGUCAGGUACGCCUGCAAAGACAAAAGAGAAAGGAAAGAGAUGCGACUGCUUCUGGGACCCCGGGAGUAACAAGGAUUGUUACAGACGUAUUGGCGCAGCUAGGGUAUGCGACAGAGCCGGUGGUGCAAAGGAGGGUGGUAACGGCUGUCAAAGUGAAAGGAAAGGAGCCAGUGAUAGAGGAGGCUGUUCAGGAGGAGCUCUGGGAAGAGGAAGAGCCGGUGCCGCAGCACCUGACAAAGGUCCAGCGCAAAGUGCGUAAUUUGGCGCAGGGCGGACAGGGAUCAAGAAAAGCGCAGGCACCUCAGACCCAGGCAGCAGCCCCUUUAAAUGUGGCGGCUCCAUCAUCUAGUACGGGCCCCUCGCAAGGCUGGGCGCCCUCCUACGGGCAGUGGCCCUAGCCGGUGAUCAAUGCGAUUGUGCC